AACGCUGACUUUAUUACAAAUAGAUUAGAUGGAUUUAUGGUGGGGAGAAUUGAAAAUAUAUGAUCUGUGCCGCCAGGUUUCAUAACCAUUUCACUUGCGUUCAUUAAGCCAGCCUGAUGGAAAUAUAGUGUGUGGCCUCUCUCUCAAUACUUGUGUGCAUAGCAUGCGUUACGGCAUAACAUUGAACAUGUCCCUGUGACACUCAUAAACGGGGAAGCCACUGUGCGAGCCAAGGAGGAUUGGAGAUGGAGGGCAGGGGAAGAAAGGGUGAGGGAGCUUUUCUCCCUGUGAAUCUCUCAUCCUCAUCCCUCCAUAUACGCUUGGCGGGCUGGGGAUGUUUGUCAGUUGGAAACAUGUUAUAUUUAACCUGCUUCCUUCUCUCCCCUGCAGAUAUCAGGAUGUCAAAACCAGCAGAGGAUGAGAAGCCUGGGGCAGACUUUCCAGGGGAGAGCACAGACUCUGAGAGGAACAGUCCUGAUGCCAAUGAUCAGGUUCAGCCAAUGAAAACGAGUCCCUUCAGUCUUUCUCCUACCUUGAGCAGCAUCAAGAGUAAAAGUGAGGCAGUACCUGAGAUGAUCUCCACCCAUGUGCCGCCUCCUUCCCAGCAGCAGACGCCUCACCCUCACACACAACUCAUGUUGGCAGGGAGUCAGCUGGCAGGGCUGGCUGCCCUCUUGCCUGCGCAGCAGCAGCUGUUGCUUCAGCAGGCCCAGGCUCAGCUCCUGGCCGCCGCGGUGCAGCAGUCCAAUGCGGCUCACGCUGCUCAUGCCGCUCACGCAGCCGCCCAAGCCAAUCAGCAGCAGCAGCAGCAACAACAGCUGACCAAACAGGAGCAAGCCCCGCCCCAGCUCACCCUCUCUCAGCCUAUCCAGCUCACCGCCCAGGAUAUCCAGCAGCUGUUGCAGCUGCAGCAGUUAGUCCUGAUGCCCGGCCACCACCUGCAGUCUCCUCAGUUCCUCCUGCCUCAGGCCCAGGGACAACAGGGGCAGCAGGGUUUGCUCUCGACACCUAAUUUAAUUCCGCUACCUCAACAUCAGCAAAGCCAGGGGAGUCUUCUAACUAUUCCACCCAGGCUGGGACUGCAUGCACAGCGUCGCCAUGGUGAUGGCCUCUCAUCUUUACAGAGGGACAAGAGCGGGGACGGCGGGGUGACCUCCGGGGCCUCGGCAGCCCCCAUGACCUCAGUGACCUCUGGCCCUCACGGCGAGGAGCCCAGUGACCUGGAGGAGCUGGAGCAGUUCGCCCGCACCUUCAAACAGAGACGCAUCAAACUGGGCUUCACACAGGGUGACGUAGGCAUGGCGAUGGGGAAACUGUAUGGGAAUGACUUCAGCCAGACCACCAUCUCUCGCUUUGAGGCCCUAAACCUGAGCUUUAAGAACAUGUGCAAGCUCAAGCCUCUGCUUGAGAAGUGGCUAAACGAUGCGGAGACCAUGGCGAUAGACAGCAUGCUUCCCAGCCCGAACUCUCUCUCCUCCCCCAUGAUGGGGUUUGAGGGCAUGCCGGGGCGUCGCAGGAAGAAACGCACCAGCAUCGAGACCAACGUCCGCGUGGCCUUAGAGCGCAAUUUCAUCUUGAACCAGAAGCCUAACUCAGAGGAGAUUCUCCUGAUGGGCCAGCAGCUCAACAUGGAGAAGGAGGUGAUUCGGGUCUGGUUCUGCAACCGGCGCCAGAAAGAGAAGCGCAUCAACCCUUGCAGUGCCACCCCUCCCCUGCCCAGCCAGCCCCCUUCCAUGACGCACAAAACCCCCUGCUACAGCCCGCACAUGGUGUCCAGUCAGGGGCUGCACCAGGCUGCCACCAGCCUCAGCACAACAGUGACCAGUCCAUUACCCUCGGUGACCUGCCCUCUGACCCCCUGUGGCUCUGCAGCCACCAGCUCCACCCCCUCCUCUAGGACUCCACCUCCACACAGCACAGCCAGCCCCGCUCCUUCCACCCUCAGUACCCACAGCCUGAACGCUGGCUCUGGCUGCCAGUGGUGGGCAGCUGCCCAUUUCCAGUCUUGAGGCCGGAGGUCAGAUGAUCCUGGGCGGGGCGGGGGUUCGCCCCUCCCUAUUCCUCAACCGCCACACCCUCCUGCCUAUGGCGUCCCACCAAGUCGGCGUGGGUUUGGUCGGCGGUCCCAGGGGAGCCUCUCCACCCCCCGGCGCCAGUGGCAUGGACGUCGACUCCUGCUCCGCCUCUCCCUGCUCCAGCCCCGCCUCCUUCGGCUCGUUCAGCGAAGCCUCACCGCCGCCGCUUGGCGGGGCCAUGGCCGAGUGACGACGACACAACCCAAAGGAUCCUAUCAGAAGGAGGAGGAGGAGUUUUAGUGGAGCUUUACAGAAACACCUCACCUUUCAACCAAAGCCAUCUCUCUCUCCCUCCAUUUGUCGUCUCCGCUCUCUCUCCCGGAGUCUUUCAAAGCCAAAAAAAAUACACAGAUUGAAAGAGGAAGAAGAGAGCGAGAAAGAAUGGAGAGGAGGAGAGAACAGGAGAACGGUGGAGAUUUAAACCAAAAAAAUAUAUAUAUCUAUACAGUUGGAGAGGUGGCAUUGUGGAACACAGUGAAUGCUAAUGUACAUUUACUCCUUUCUCUGGAAAAGAAGAAAUGAGCUGAAAAACCUGAUGAAAAAGAGGGCAGGGAUGAGAAAUGAACUAAGACUGAGAGAGAGAUGGGUGGCAAGGACAGGAAAAGAAGGAAAGAAAAGACUUUCAACAAGCUUCAGCAGAUGGAUGGAAAGAAAACCACGUUUUUAAAAAACCUACAGGGGAAAAACACACAAAGACAAAAAUGACAAACAUGCCACAAUCUCCAAAACCGAAAUACCAAAAACUGAAACCAAAAAAACGGAGAGAAAAGCUUUACUUAAGACUUAUGAUUCUGAUCUGUCCAGGAUCAGCACAUCAACCACACUUAACAAGGCCAAAAACAUGUAUCAUUUCAUCAUAAUAUAUUAUUUUAAAGUUUUGUUUUCAACACUUUUACAACGCUUAUUUUUAGUAUUUUAUAUGAUUUGAGCUAUGGGUUAUGUCAUAGCAAAUGAUUUGAUAUAGAUAUCUUAGCAGUGUCAGUCCUCCCUCUACCUACCUCUCUAGUGGCUCUACAGUUUUAACCUAGUUACAGUAUUAAACUGUGUUGUGGAUUUAGCAGUCACCUCAGACUAAUAACAAUUAGUAACUUUCCAACUUAUUUUGUGGUUUAUUUUCUUAUUUCUGAUUUUUCUAAUGAUCAUCGUAAUUAUCAUCAUCAUCAUUAGGGUUAUUAUCUUCAAUAUUUGUUUAAUAUGAUGAGAUAUUUUUCUUUUUCUAGGCAGGUCAGUUAAGAACAACAUCUUAUUUACAAUGACGGCCUACCCCGACCAAACCCGGAUGACGCUUGGCCAAUUGUGCGCCGCCCUAUGGGACUCCCAAUCACGGCCGGUUGUGAUACAGCCUGGAUAUUAUUGCCUCCUUUGUUUCAUAACUUAUUUUAUACAGUGGAUUCAAAUUAUUGACACCCUUGAUAAAGAUGAGAAAUUAAUUACUAAAAUACUGGGCUAUAUUGUAUGCAAAAAAAAUGGGAAGUUAUGUUAUACAAAUAAUUGCUCAGAGAAAGAGAUUCUGUUUAACUAGCAAUACAAAAAAAUACAAAUAAAGAUAGGGGUCAAAAUUAUUGGCACCCCUGUUUUCAAUACUCCAGCAUCCUCCCCUUGUGAGGAUAAGGACACUGAGCCUUUUCUAAAAUGUUUUAUGAUAUUGGAGAACACGUUGGGAGGGAUCUUUGACCAUUUCUCCAUACAGAAUCUCUCCAGAUCCUUGAUAUAAUUUGUCUGCGCUUAUGGCCUUCCAUCUUCAAUUCAAACCACAGGUUUUCAAUGGGGUUCAAGUCUGGAGACUGAGAUGGCCAUAGCAAAAUGUUGAUGUGUGGUCAAUUAACCAUUUCUUUAUGGAUUUUGAUUAGUGGUUGGGGUUAUUGUCUUGCUGGAAUAGUCCCAUAACAUCAAUGAUCCACCACCCUAUUUUACCGUAUGAGGAAAGUUUUCACCACUGGUGUGCGUGGCCAAAGAGAUCCAUUUUCAUGUUACCUGAACAUAGAGCUCUUUGGCCAAGCACACCAGUGGUGGGUUUGGUGUUGAAAAACCGAAGCAUAUGCAUAAAAGUACCUCAUACCAAUGGUAAAAUAUGGUGGUGGAUCUUUGAUGUUAUGGGGCUAUUUUGCUUCCACUGGUCCUGGGGCCCUUGUUUUAAGGUCAACGGCAUCAUGAACUUUACCAAGUACCAGGGCAUUUUAACCGAAAACCCGGUUGCCUCUGCUAGGAGGCUGACACUUGGCAGCAAGUGGAACUUCCAGCAAGACAAUAACCCCAAGCG